UGCAGCGUAAUCGCAUUUGAAGCUUGUCGUUGUAUUAAAGGCAAUCAUUUUCCUUCAAGAAUGUUUGCUUCCUUAAUUGUGAUCAUUCUGGGCUUAUGCCACUGUAUCAAGGACAGCAAUCAGACAUUUCAGGGAUUUCCACAACUGUCUGGCCCAUUUGAGGCUUUGGAGUCAGACACUGUAAAAUAUAAAUGUAAACCACCAGCACUCCUGACGAAUGAAUCUAUUCUCUUACAGUUAGUCCAGAGAGAUCAGAUUUUGGAUGAAAAGACUUCCGUGUCUGGUGAGACUGGAAACUUUACCCUAAAAGUCAAACCUUCCCAUGAGGGCUACCUGAAGUGUGUGGCCAGGGUACGAAAUGACUCUAACAUAGAGCACUCUGUCAGCAGCGCACAAUACCUGAAGGUUUUUGUGCCAGUGACAAAUGCAACAAUUCUCAUCUUACCAGAUGCAACAGAGGUGUUUGAAGGGGCAAUGACGAAUCUGCUUUGUUCACAUAAUGAUGCAACUAAUGUCUCCUACAAGUGGUACCUGAAUGGUCAGCUCAUACCCAUGUCUCCUUCAGCUAAAGAGCUCUCACGGCAGAGCACCACGUCUAAAGACAACGGCUCCUAUGUGUGUGUGGCUACGAACCGCUUCAACAAAAAAGAAUACAGGACUAACAGCUCUGAAGUUAUAAUCAGAAUCAAAGUCCGGGUGUCAAAACCUGACAUUUACUUCACCGUAAUAAAGGAGGAUGCCCACAACUAUUCUGCCAUGGUCACCUGUCAAUCAACAUAUGGGACGCCAUACAUCACCUUUUCACUCUACAAUGAAGAAAAAUUGUUUGCCAAUAAGACAGGUGAAGACAGAAAUGUCACAUUCAAGGUUUCAGUGAUCUUGGGCCGGAACAUGGGAUGGUUCCACUGCCAGGCAAGCAAUGGAGACCGGAUUGUACACAGUGAAUCCUUGGCCUUACGAGUCGUCCCGGUCAGUGGGCACGUGACGGUUCGUUUUGAUUCUCACCUUGGAAAGAACUAUGCUGUGGACAGUGUGACAUUGUUCUGUGAGGCAGAAAAUGGAACUCAUCCACGGUAUCAGUGGUUCCUCAACAACACCCUUCUAGACAACAAAGGAAGGUUCUACUCUGUAGAAAACCAGCCUCCAGAACAAUCUCUCCUCCUGCUGUCUGUGGGAAGGAGCAGCGUGGGGACAUACCACUGUAACGUGUCAGACAGCUUUGACAACACCACUGCCAUAGGCAGCAAGAAGCUAUAUUUGGAUGAAAAAGUGUGGAACCGUCUUCCUGACGCAUUGGUGGCAACUGUCUUUGCAUGUUUCACAGUCCUGAUUCUUCUCGUCUCCAUUUGUUGUUGGGUUGGAGUGCUGUUCAGGCGAAGGCGAUACGGAAAGACGUCCCUGAUGGGCCUGGAGAUGCAGAGAACGGUAGCUGCAUACGAGGGCGUGCUGGACGUUUCCCAAUACGUUGAGGAUGCUGAUGAGAUGACGCCACCCAGCGGGGAGGAGUUUGACCAAGCAUCUGAAGCCUCUCUAGAUGAAUGGCCCGACAUUUCAGCGGAGAAGAGUUUUCAUGGUGAACCAGCUGAGUUUCCCUGAGAGUGCAGGGCGUUUGCUCCAUAAACUGGU